AUGUCGUUCCGACCGCCCACAUCCAAAUGCAAUGUCUCCAUCCCGGGUCUGGGAACAGUGGAAGGUCUCCAAUUCGCCAAUGGCGUACAACAAUUCUGCGGGAUUCCCUAUGCACAUCUUUCAAAACGCUGGACAAGAUCAAUUCUCAAGACAACAUGGGAAAAUGGACACCACGAUGGCACCAAACUAGGGAAUGAUUGCCCAAGCCCCAUAAUCGAAGGUGAUGACGCCGACGACCUCAUCCCUGUCCCAUUGGCUGCUCACUUCCCGGCCUUGCAGACCGUUGACGAACUGUCCGGUCUGGCCAUGAACAUCGUGGUUCCACAUGCACCGAGGCCAAACGAUAAACUGCUUCCCGUGUUUGUCUACGUUCACGGCGGAUCACUACUAUACGGAGGUGCAAAUUUACCCAUUUUCGACGCGGUCAAUCUCGUUUCACAUAGUAUAACCGUCGGGUUACCGAUCAUCUGUGUAAACUUCAAUUACCGCGUCGGCAUUGGCGGCUUCCUUGCCGGUCAGACAAUUGCCCGUGAAUUGAAACACGAUGGAUAUGCAGGCAGUGGCAAUUUCGGAUUCACUGAUCAGCAGGUCGCAUUUGACUGGGUACAGAAGUACAUCGGGCUCCUAGGAGGUGAUAUUCACAACGUCACAGCAGUGGGAGAAUCAGCAGGCGGCAUCUCAAUCAGCAACCAGCUACUCGCUGCAAGACCACCGGUAUUCCACCGUGCCGUGUGCAUGUCCGGCCUCUCGCCUGCUAUUCCUGCAUUCACGAUGGAACAACAUGAUCGUUUCUUCGAGGAUGUGUGUCGUCAUUUCCAAAUUGAUCCUGCCGGUCUGGAUGCACUGGAUCAUUUACGUGCUAUCCCGCAACAGGAUCUUGCCAAUGCAACACCAUCCAUUCAAGGUGUGCCAUCUGGAACGGGGAAUCCAUGUCUGGACGAUUGGUUCUAUCGCCCGGGCUUUGACCCGCGUCAGAUUCAUACUCCGCCGCCUUGGUUGAAGGGGUAUAUGAUUGGAGAUACAUACCACGAAGGUGUAAUCUUUCAUAUCAACCUUGUUGAAGAGAGCUAUGCAUCUAUCAGACAUGUCAUGACAACUCAUUUCAAGGACGACUCGUACACCGACGAGAUCCUAUCUGCAUAUGGUAUCACCGAGGGUCUAGCCCACGAGACACUGCUUGAACGCUUAGAACAUAUGUGUGGCGAUGCUAUUUUCAAAGUUCCCAAUUAUGUCCUGGGACAGGAAUGUUUGCGUCAACGGGUGGUGGAAGAGAAUUUAUUCCUGUACCAUUUCGAUCAGCGAUCUCGGAUUAAGAAUCUUUUGAGGGGACUGCGUAUCACGCUCAUGAGUUGCUUUACCUUUUUGGAAAUUUGA